AGCGAUCUCUUCUUAUGGUUGCUCUUAUCCUCUCGUCUCGCUCCCUCAUAUCGAGGACAAGUCGUUCAUUUAUCCCCCCCCACGAUCUACACCUUCCUUUACUUCUGUUAUAUCCUCUCCUUUGACCAGGCCUUUCCGGAUCCUUGUUCAAUAUACCUGUACAACACCCAGCUUGUACCUCUAUUGAACAAUAUCCAGUCCUUCCUUUAACAAAGCCUGUACCAACAUCCCACUGUACCAUAUCCUCUAAUCCCUUGCCUGCCUUUUGACAGAGACCUGUCUCUUGCCCAUCGACAGACGCAAUCAGACUUGACCUGACGGUUACCAGCAUAUCCUGCAUCUUUACAUGUACAGCCUAAGCUAGUGACCCCAGGAGACAGAAAGGGAACUCCCUGAGAGAGAAGACGACGACGACAUAGCCAUUCAUUGGACACAACCUCAUUUUCUUUGUACCAACCUGUACUACAACAUCAGCUCGAACCUGUUUUUUGCCAUCAACAGCUUGUCAUUUCUACUUCGAGGCUCCUGCCAGUGACAGCAAGCCGAGGAAAGAAAGAGAGAAAAAGAGGAACAGGAAAACAACUCUUUGUAUUCCAGACCCCAGAAACAAGACCAUUCGAAAUGGAAGCACCAUAUCCAAUGGCAACACCACAGAUCCAGUUCUACCAAUACCGACCAGACUCGGACGCACGGCAUAACGCUGUGUUCACCCCCAUGCCAACAGAGCAGCCUGCAUACAGCCCCAUGGCUGGGUAUCCUCAUCACCCACAACAGCAGCAGCCCCAGCAGUAUAUGGUUCACCAGUACUGGCAAGGGCCUGCUCACUUUGCCCGAGGACACCCUCACGCCCACUACGUGCCCCAGCAGGUUUUGACCCCGAGGGCCUCUCCACCAUUGACGCUGGCUAUGCCCAUGGCGAUGCCUAAGAUGUUGCUCGACAGCAACGGCCAUAUGGAGCAUGGACACUUUCUCGAGAGCCGGCACUCUUCACCCCCGACUCCAUGUCUCUCGGCCUGCCCCAGCACCGCCAGCAGCCCUCCGGCCAGCAGUGUGAACCAGACGCCCGUGCACGGCGCCGGGUACUUCAACUUGCCCAUUGAAGCCUCCAAGGAGGAAAUGCAGCCUCUCGCCUUUCUGGAUGAGUGGGCGGAGAGCGGACAGGUGCACAUUUUCCCGCAUCCCGGUGAUGCCAAGGCGGCCCUUGUGCCCAGCAACGGCGCCGACUCCUUUCACUCUGCCACUUCGACCUCCGCCAGCGCUAUCAACCUGAGCAGCUGCCCAUCACCCUCUUUGGCCCCUGCUUCACCUCAAUCCCAAGUCUCGCCAUCCGCCUAUCCCGUGGCGGAAUUUGUCAACCUGCGAGAUUUGACCUCGACUUCCCUCGAGCCCGUCGUUUCUGGUCCCGUCCAGACUUUCCCUCCUUUGCCUACACUGUCUGCCGAAGACGACGAGCACAAAUUCGCCCUCGGAAACCAAGCCUUCCCCAUCACGCCCGAGCAUGAAACUGCCGACCCUUUUACUCUCGUCGAGAACCCUUCGUUUGACACUUCGUUCUGCACCGAGUUCGACUCGGAGGACGAAUUCAGCUUCGUCAACUUCACCGACCCCGAGAUUGCCUAUAACGGUGACAAGAGGUUGAAGUUGUCGGUUGGUGAAGAGGAGGACUUCCUCAGCGUCCACAGUUUCGGCAGCUUUGAUGAGGACGACCACGCCGCCCACGCCGGCCUGCUCUCUCCUCCUGCCUCGUCCUUCUCCGAUUCAGGCUCCUGCUGCGCACCCAAGAAGAAGACCCAGCGCAAGAUGAAGCGCACCAGCUCUACCGACAGUGAUUUGGAGUUCCACAGUUUCACUCAGUCCGAUGCCCACAUCCACUGCCACGCCGAUGGCCAAAGCACCUCGGAGGAUACUCCUCAGGAACAGCCCAGCACGAACGAGGACAACAGCGGCUCCGCUAACGCCGAUGGUUCGACUCCGUCACAAGCUCCUGCUAACCGCCGUGGACGCAAGCAAUCCUUGACCGAGGACCCCUCCAAGACAUUCGUCUGCACUCUGUGCUCACGCCGCUUCCGCAGACAAGAGCACCUGAAGCGUCACUACCGCUCCCUGCACACACAAGACAAGCCAUUCGAGUGCAACGAGUGUGGCAAGAAGUUCUCCCGCUCUGACAACCUCGCCCAGCACGCCCGCACCCACGGUAGCGGUGCCAUCGUGAUGGGUGUUCUGGAGAACGGAGAGCUCCAGCCUCAUCAACCGUACGAUGAGGAAAUGGGCCACGCUCUGUACGAGGCGGCUCAACGAGCUGCCUUGGCUACAUCGUCGAGCAGCAGUGGCUCCGAAACCUCGUCGUCCGGAGAUAGCAAGCGUGCUCUCAAGAAGAGAAAGCGAGACGAAUCCCUGUAAAUAUACCAGAUGUGACCUCACGAAUGACCCAAGAAUCAUCAUGAAAAUCCGAAAUAACUCUUUAACAACAACAACAACAACAACAACAACAACAACAACACAAA